GCCAGUCUCGGUUGACUGUUCGGACGGGUCGGUAUUGUUGACAAAUGGAAAAUUGUUCCCCACUAUUAUAGUGACCUGUGGAAAUCGAGGGACGCGCGAUUGCUCUGAUUAAUAGCGAAGGGCGAGUGGUGAUUAAUUUAUUACUGCCCGUACGCGUUUUAGCUGGUUGGUUCUACAAAAUUAAAAGGGCGAGUUUCGCCAAAGCCGGAAAAGGAUUAGGUGACGGUUGGACUGGUAAUCGUGAAUUUGGAAUUUGGGUGAAUGUUACCACAAACAGCAGCCUUGCCAGUGCUUUCGUAAUCCAAUUUGGUGUUUUGUGCCCGGUUUAAAUCGCAACAGAAAACAAAAGCCAGUGUAACAGCUCAUAACAAGUUAUGCAUUGAGUUCCGACACGGUAUUUAUUUAAAUUACGCCGCUGCAAGUGGAGGAGCAAAAUGCAGAAUGCAAUUAUUAAACAUGCAGAAAUAGCAGCAGCAGCGUAGUGAAAAGCCUCAAAGUGAUUCCGCUAUCGCGAAACGAAAAGUCUCUCCGCUCGUAGGAAAAUAUUGUCCGCAAAAGUAAAAUAAUUAGUGCUUACAGUCGUCUACGGGUUGGUUACCUUCCGUCGAAGUGUUUCGACGCCAGCGGGAACGGAAAAAGGAUUAAACAAUGGCGAACCUUAGGAUUACCGUCACCCGAAUGCAGUUUGGAUUAAAUUUCGUCUUUCUCAUUAUCGUGUCCUCCAUCUACGGCAGUCAUACCUCAGAUAGUGGGACACCGACUGACAGUGCGUCCGGUACGCCUGUGGCACAUCAUGCACCGCCCGCCUUGUCGCUCAUACCGGACGAGGAGAUAGCCCACUUCGUGAACCAGUCGCGGAUGGUAAGCUGCCGCUUCUCGAACGCAGACGUCAAGCUUAAGUGGCGCAAUCCAAAGAACGCCGUCGUUGGCGACACCAAAGGCCGGGUGCACAUCGAAGAGUUUGGCGGGUCGUUGACGCUUAUCUUCGAGUCCAUUGUCCGUGCCGAUCAGGGCAACUGGACGUGCGAGGCGGACGACGGUAGCGGAACCGUGCGGCGGAAGUCCUUCAAAAUGAUAGUUAACGAGCCAAUAUCGUUCCGGGAUACGCGAACGGUACAAACUGCGGUGGAGGACAAGGACGCCACCAUCCGGUGUGAGGUGCGAGGCCAUCCGGAGCCGACGGUGUCGUGGUAUUUCAACGGACAGCCAUUGUUUCCACCCAACGGCAAAUACACUAUGCUGGCAGACGGUCUGCUCAUCAAGCGUGUCUCGAAGACUGACAGUGGCGAGUACACGUGCAAGGCGUUUCAGGUUUCCGCCGCCGGAAGUAGCUUCCAGGAGAAAACGAUACGGCUCAACGUUAAACACAAACCCGUCUUCCCGAGGCGUGGCUACGGAUCGGCCAACAUAACGUACGGCUACGUGGGCGGCUCGGUCAAUUUGACGUGCGAGGCGAUGGCGGAACCGCCGGCCAACUUCACCUGGUCGGCUAACAAUAAAAAGUUUACCCAUAAAAGUCAUCUCAUCUACAGCGGGCCGCAUGUUUCACUGCUGCAGAUAACAAUCAAGAACAGUACCGCUUUCGGAAAAUACAAGUGCGAAGCUAAAAACGAGCUGGGCACUAUCGCCAGAGACAUCCAGCUCCGGGAGGGAACUAAACCGGAUCCUCCUAGCAGGUUUCAACUACGCGGCGUGAACUCGGACACGCUUGACAUCGACGUCGGGGCAACGAAAUCACAUGACGUUGAUCCGGAUCACACCACCGUCAUCGGUUAUCGCUUUGAGCUGAUCCCCACGGAGGAGUAUGCGAAACACCACAACUGGGAGCGGGCUAACCGGCGGGAUUUCGAUGUCGAGGACGGUGUCACAUAUCUGCUGGUACACCUGAUCCCGGACACCAAGUACCUCAUCCGGGUAGCAGCCCGAAAUGCUGCCGGCUUGAGCGAAUGGACUGAGGUGAAGGAGUUCUCCACCCAUCCGUUGCAGCCGCACGGAUUUAACUCGGGCUCUAGCAGCACCAGGUGCAACGCUGCAGGAUUGCUGCUGCUGGUGGUGCUUGUGCUAGCAGCUAACGUGCGGUCAAGCACUCGCACGAAUGAGAAAUUAAAAUUUUAACCGCCUUUCCUAAUAAUGGGGAAGGCGAGAGAGGAUUUUCAAUCAAAAGACUAGUCGACAGUGAAAAAAAAAGAAAAAAACGGUAUAGCAUUCAUUCCACUCACCCACACACACACUAACACGCACUCAGCCAUGCAAAUAGGUAGGACGCCCUGAUUACCGCAAAAUUGUUUUGAAUUUUUCAAAAGCUUCCUUCUACUGCUAGCAGAAGAAUUUGGUUCCCAAAUUUGGAAAUAAAUCAAAGUAAGCCUGGCUAAUCUUCGAAGGAAGUUUCAUGAAAUAUAGUAACGUUUAAUAGUGCAAAUAUUUCCUACCGCUCGCCUUUCAUUGACACGCUAUGAGAAUCAAAAUAUUAGUGAAAGUGCUUUGUUGUUAUGUAUUAUGUGUACCAAGAGGUAAGAAAUUGUUAUUUAAAGUGGAACAUUACAUUUUUUCGGUAGCUUCAUGAUUGAUAUGCAACCAAAAUCAAAACCAGAUUCGAUUACUUGUUUUUCAAAGAGUUUUUUAACUUGUUUCUAUUUGCACCGGAUAUAGCUUCACGGUAGUUGAAUCACGUUAAGCUUUUCAGCGCACAAUGCAAUUAUUUUUCCACGCACUUUUUCAAUCACGGUAGGUGCUGCUGCAAACAUGAUGGAUGAAGCAUUUUGACGUUUGCGUUCGAAACAUAGCCGUACGCAGCAAUUCCACUUGGGGGGUGGGUUGUGACCAAACAUUUAACAUGUGGUACACUACAAUCGAAACGUUUAAUAGUAUUUUGACCCCAACCUGUAACACAAUCCUCGCAGUUUUAUCUGAAUGAUUUAUCGAUUUGAUUUCACAGCUAUGGUGCUAAAAACGCUUUCAUCGACGAUUACCACAUACAACAUCACACAUUAUUCAUUGCACGUUACAAAUGACAUCAAAGAGCAGUGUUUCAUCAGAAUAAAUAAAAAAAAUAUCAAUUUCCUUACCACCACACGCGCACUCACCGAAUCAAUUACCAUCGAUAAAAUCCAGUAUUGCGAAUUGGUGUCACAUCUAGAUGAGAAUCAGCUUCUAUUGUCAUUCCGCUAUCAGUAAUCGAAGUUAAAAAAUAAUACAUCGCAUAACUGUUUGUAACGAUAACGAUUCAACACAACACAAGCAGUUGAAUCCUCAUUUGAUGACUGAUUUUAAACCUCUUUGUUUUAAUUGAGUGCCAGACACAUCGAAAAAAAAAAAAUAAAAAUAAAAAUAAAGAUAAAACUACAGGAGGGGGCAGCAAAUCAAUAAAUUGUAUUGACAUUUCAAAAAUAAAAGAAAAAUACACGGUAUAAAACUAAAGCUAAGUAACCUCUUUCAUAAGUUGCCAACAUGUGUCAAAACUGUCUGUCUGCUGUUCGGUGCAGGAAAAUAUUUCCUAUUGUGAUUAAAGCGUUUCAAAAAGAAACCGAUCGAUUUUUGCACGAUUAGUAAGAGAAUAUGAUCCAGAAAAAAAAAUCGGAGGUGAAAUAAAAUUGAUGAUAAUCUAUUGAAGGUUUGACCGUAAAUAUAAUAGUUAAAUGACUGUGUAAAAAGUUUAUAUCGAACUGUAAUAGAUUUAAUAGCAACUGAAUUAGAGAUAACAUUAUGUGCCGUGAAUACACGGAAAAUGAGCGGAGAAAAAAAAUCGAUAAAAAUAUUUGAGAAAAAAAAAUUCUACACUUCCACACACACACACCAGUGACACAACAUCCAUGAACAUUCUACCGAUUGUAUUGGUAAACAAACUGAAAAAAAAAUCGAAAAUAAAAACCAAAUCUUACAAUAUCCAUCGAA